AUGCCCAAGAACACUGUCCUCCUUAUGGUCCUGCUUCUGCAAACCCUGUCGUCCACAAUAGCUCUUCCAUCUCAUACUGAGGGGGAGAUCAAAGUAGUUGAGGACUGCGCUCCUGGCUGUGAUCACACCGGCCAUGGAGAUAACAGUGACCAUAAGCACCAUGACUCUGAUCCUUGUGAAGACAACAAUGGUGCCAACGAAGAUGACUGCAAAAAUAAUACCAUCACCAUUACUGUCAUUACUACAGACACAAUCGUUCCGACUUACUGCCCGACUGACGUUCCUGUACCCACCGACUGCGCAAUGGAAACUAUCACUGUUGUUGAACCAGGAACCACAAUUACGGAGCCCGCUGUGACUACCACAAUCACAUCCCCCGGAGUGACCAUCACGGAGCCUGGCCCAACUGAAACUGUUACGGAGCCAGCAGUGACGGAGACAGACACUAUCACAAUUACUGAGGACUCUGGGGCAGUGACAAGUACAGAGACAGUUACAGACACAAUUACCGAGCCCAUAACCAUUACUCAAACUGAGACCCAGGUGUCGACUACCACUACUACCGAUUGCCCGUCGGAUACCGGCAGCCCGGGGGGAGGGCCAGACACGGGCAACUGCACACCACCCACCAUUAGCUUUUAUCCAGAUCGCGACCCCAACCAAGCAUUCGAGAUUAAUGACACUGGCAUUUACGGGCAUGGACCUUCGGCCUUGAUAAGCACACUCACGAGUCAUAUUUGCAACCAGCUGAGAAGUCCAUGCAAUGCUCCCGUAGCAACUGUGGAGUACUGCUGGUCGGCAGCUGCAAUGGUAGAUGCCAGCGGCUUGCAAGGUGAGGAGCAGGCUAACUAUUGGAACUCGUUUUGGACCUAG